AAAAGAGUAAGAUUAUCUUCAACUGAAUAUCUUUACUCUUUCGUUUAUAAAAUGGCGGAAAAAGAAGAGAAAACUGAUAUAAAAGUCCAGAGUGAAAUAUGCUUUCAAGAUUUUGAAAAGAAAAUAUUUGAAGAGAUGGAAAAAAUUGAAAAGCAGAAACAUUGCGAAUUGAAUAAAUUAGAUGAAGAAACUUGUAAGUUUAUGAAAAUUUUCAAUAGAAAACAAGGUAUUCUUCGUGAUAAAUUAGAGGAUUUCUACGAAGAGAAGAGACUAACGAUAAGGAGAGUAUUGAAAGAAACGAAAAUGUUUAAGGAUGUUCAAUCUAAAACUUGUAGUAAAAUGUUUCAAAAUGACGUAACAAAUAUGAUGGAUAUGGUAAAAUAUUCAUUAGAAAAUUUUAUAUCAAAGAGAGCGAUAUACGAGAAGUCGAAUUCAUUAGAAAAUUUUGAAAUUGGUUCAAUUGUAGUUCCGUGUUUUGAAAAACCAUUUAAAGAUUAUUCAAUACUUUUAGACGAAAGGCCAAAAAAGAUUUUAGCUAAUGAAGAUGGAUUCUUUUCAUUUGAUUAUAACGGUCAGAUUAUUAAUAUAAACAACUUUAAUAAAUUAUCCCUAUGGAAGGGUGCUAUUACUAAUGUAUCUAUUACUUAUAACGGAAGAAUGGCUUUCAUGGAAACACCUCGAAAGAAUCGUAUAAAAAUUUACAUUGGUGAAGGUUCGAAUACAAAGUAUGAAUCUGUUAAGAUUGCUAUUAAAGAUGAGAAGCCUAUAUACGAUCAUUUUUUCAUUCUUCAAGAUUUUAUCGCCAUUAAAACUAAUCAAGAGAUUAUAUUCUAUUCGAAAUUAACAAGUAAAAUUUCUUCUAAAUUAUCAAUUUACGAAAAUAGAAUACUUGAUUUUACUGACGUAAAAAUUGAUAAGAAUACAUUUUUUGCCGCCGAUAAUAAUAAAAAUGUUAUAUGGUUUAAUAUAAUUGAAGAUCAACUUGAAAUUAUUCAGAUUCAGGAAGAAUAUGAUAAUUUCUCAAUUGGAUCAAAUAUUAUUGAUAAAUUGAAAAGUGAUCAUUAUUUCCUCUUAAUAAAUCAAUAUUAUAUAUUUGUUAUCAAUUCAAAAGAGAAGAAUGGAAAAUGUUUUCAAAUGGAUAAAUUCUUUCGAGAUCAACGAUUAUUAAAUUAUAUGAAAACGGAAAAUGAAAUUAUAUUUUGUCUAAUUAAUCCUAAAGAUCAAGAAAAGGUCACUUUAAAGCAUUUUCCUCUAGAGUAUUAUCUUACAUGAAUAAUUUAAAUAUUAUAUGGUGUGUUCUCUUCUUUUUUAUCUAAUAUUUAUGCGAUGCUUAAUAUAGUCUUGUAGAACAACAACAAUAAAAUAUAUCGACCUUUGACUUUCAGACAAAAAACUAGAAUUAUAUGCGUUUGUCUGUGUUGUUUUUUUUUUUUUACCUCUAAAUGACCUUGUUGUUUCAUCUAUCAAUAAUAUAAAUGUUAGUGCUUUAAUUAUUUUUUUUUUGUCUUUAAACUAAAUGACUAUUAUUAACAACCC